GUUAGUGUACAUCUGCCAACCAUGUGCGAAGGAAACAGAAAAUGAAUCGAUGUGCGUGCCAGCUGCAGUGAUCGGAGAAGUAUCAUUGCGUUUGUCAAGAUUGUGACUUCGUGUGUUUGUGUAAACACACUUCAACAUCGCACCUCUACCGCAUGGAACAACACGAAAACAGCUUAUGCUCAUCUGAUAUUUGCAAAGACAUCCAUAUAUGCAAGACGUGGUGCUCGCAAUUAAUCGUUUUAACCUAAGUAUAACUCACAUGAGUGAACUCGAGGAAAGCCUUACUACGCUUGGGGAAUGGCGAGAUUCCUUGAAGCAAAUCUUGGGAGAUUUGGCCCUCCUAGAAAAGCAGCUGUGCCACAGUAGCCAAGCUGCCGAAGAAGAAAUCAAACAGCAAUUUGCGAACUUGGAACAGGAACUCGUGUCAGCACUUAAGCAGCGCUGCGCUACUUUAACAGCUGAGGUUGCGUCUUCACGGACGCGGUCUUUAGCACCACUGCAGCGGGCCAGGAAACAAGUAGAAAAGGAACUAUCUGCAGCGGACACUGUCUACGCUGAAGGGAGGCUUCUCUGUCAUCCAAGCAGGGAUCAAGAUGCACACUUCAGCGAGAAAGCUCAGCAAUUCUGCAGCAAAGUUUCCGAUUUUGAAAGGUUGCCUGAAGUCCCCAGUUCAUCUGAUGUGGGUACUAUAGUUGCCAGUUUUGAUGCAAGCUUGGUUGCAAGAAUUUCUACUGGCAUCCUGCAUUAUGGUUCUAUAUGCACCAUGUGUCCUGUGCUGGUGACCCAUUCUGAGCAGCUGCCUGGAGCGCUAAGGGUUCAUUGGAUUGAGCCUGAAGACGACGGAGUGCUAGACGAAAAAGAAUACUACUUGCAGCAUGCAUUAGGUAAUGUUUUUGAAGGAAAAGUGGAAGACUGGAAGUUUCAUGAUGCCUACCAUGGUCUGGAGACCAGUGCUGUAGUUCGUGCUCUCCCCUUGGGUCACGAACAGUCCUUUCGGGUGGCAAAACGCAGUGUGGGGGCCAAGACAUACAGCCCGUGGUCACCUAUAUUUGUCGCACUGACCACCAUACCUCAUUACAGGUGGGAUACACGGAACCAUUCUUAUCAACUAACAGAUGAAGGACGCAUCGCAACCCGAAUGAGUGCUGAUGCAUCCUCCCCUUUCCUCUUUUCCAGGGAGCUGCUCUUCAGGACAAAUCACAGUUUGGUGUUCAAGUUCUUGGAAACCCCAGAAAUAUGGGAUGACGACGAAGGUUUAGCUCUAGUGGUAGCUUGCAAGCUUGAUAAUUUCCUGCAGCCUGGAGCCAUCUUCGUCAACAUGGAAGGAGAGAUAUUUGUUGAUGGCCGACAAACCACAACACAGCUUCCGGCAUUGAGCAAAGGGUCAGAACUGUUGCUGGACCUGGAGUUGGUGUCAGAUGACAAGAUUCGUGUGACAGUGGCCAGCUAUGAAAAACAGGCAACAUACGACUUUGCAAUUCCGUACUCCAGAGGCCCUCAAUUGCCACUCAAGUUUGCAGCCUUCUUCAAGGGAAAGGGUUGGAAGAUAUUUGUUGAAUGAAUGGCAGGCGAUAAAAAGAAAGGCAUGAGCAGGGGUGAGGGGUAGUCAGGAAGUUUAUUCAAGGGAGGAAUACCCUCAUAACUUUCUGAAAGUGGUGAGCCAGAAAGCAGAGCCUUGCACCUUGCAGGAGGUCAACCAUAUCCAUUUCUUAUAGCAUUUGUGAUGGACCACAGUCACCCUUAGUACAGGAUGUCUACCAACCUGCAAAACCGAGAAUUAUCUGGGAAUUCUGAUGCGACUGGAAAAGUCACAGGGGAUUGUCAGGGAAUUUGUCAAAAUGCAGCUGAGAUCACAGGAAAAUCGCAGACAUGUGCUAUGACGAUGUGUAGCAAAUCGUGAGUGCCAAUCAGUGGUUGAGUGGCCAUGCCACGGCAACGUUGCUGCAAGUAGCAGUUAGCCAAUACAACAAGCUCAGAGGUAGGAAAAUAAGGCUCAACAAAUGACCUGUUUUAUGAGGGAUCGGUACCAAACAUAGCAGGAGGUACCUAGUUCAUUCUUGUUUUGGUCAGGGAAUUGGCUCGAAAUAGUCAGUGAAAACAUGGAAAAGUCGGGGAAUUUGAAGGUGGCCAUUUGGUAGACACCCUGUAGGCAGGCUGUGCUACUAUUCCACUUCCAUUUUUCUUCUUUUUUUCAUUACAAAGCUGGCGCUACUGCUAUUAUAAUGGUCACCCUCUUAGACUACAGAGGAUACAGCGUGUACUGCAUAUUCACUGUGGAAUGAAAGCAAAAAUGAGAAACAAGCUUGCUACCAUUUUAUAGUACAGAAUGUGGAAUACAUAUAUGGACCUUCUGGUGCACUGCACAACAACCUAGAUCUGGGUAUUAUUGCAAAUCUUCCUGUGUUUACUCACAUAAUUUGCACAUAUUUUUUUACCCAGAAACAUAGUUUAUGAGAGUUUUCUAGUUAUCUUAGGAAAAGAUUUGAACAGUCAAUUAGCUUAGCUUAGCUUAGCCCCAAAAUAUCUGUGCCCCACUUGUCUCUUAGAUCACGAUCCUUUCAUACAAGUUCAUCUUCUGUUCUCUUGAGUGCUUGAGAAAUUAUGGCUAUCUCAAAGCCUAUCACAAUAAUGCCAGAUAUCGUGCCUCAUGCCAGAAUCGACCACUUGCAAGUGCUCUAGUGACUUUGCUUCGACAGGUGCUCGAUUAUGAGUAAUGGCUGGUACGAAUGGGUCAAUUUUCUGGCCUUUGUACAAAUAGUGAUUCAUCUAUGUCAAUAAAUUCUCAAGAUCAAAUGA